GUAGUAGUAGUAGUAGUAGUAGUAGUAGUAGUAGUAGUAGUAGUAGCAGUAACAAUGUUAUUUUUAUUUAAAGUUUUGGGUCAACACCUACUGCUGACGUCUAAUGUGCCUGUGGUAGAAGAAAACAACCCACUGACAUUUACCUGUGUCCUGCCUUCUAAAGGGGCAAAUACGGGAUGGAUUGUGAAUGGUGUUAGGACAGAAACGGCGCUACUGGAUGACGGGAGAUGCAUACAGCCAUCUGUACCACCACAGGGGUUUAUCUACACGUGCGUCAGUUCAACUGUCUUCACUUUGACCAUCCUUCAGGUGAAACGUGAACAGAAUGGAGAACAGUGGACGUGCGAUUCAUGGAUAAACGGCGGAACUUUAUAUAGCAACAACGUUACCCUAAAGGUUCACGUUUUGGGUCAACGCCUACUGCUGACGUCUAAUGUGCCUGUGGUAGUAGAAAACAACCCACUGACAUUUACCUGUGUCCUGCCUUCUAAAGGGGCAAACACGGGAUGGAUUGUGAAUGGUGUUAGGACAGAAACGGCGCUACUGGAUGACGGGAGAUGCAUACAGCCAUCUGCACCACCACAGGGGUUUAUCUACGCGUGCGUCAGUUCAACUGUCUUCACUUUGACCAUCCUUCAGGUUAAACGUGAACAGAAUGGAGAUCAGUGGACGUGCGAUUCAUGGACAAACGGCGGAACUUUAUAUAGCAACAACGUUACCCUAAAGGUUCAAGAUCACAAUGUUUCUGAGCGGACAGGCGAUGUAGACACCGGAUCGUUAAUGCCUGAAAAAUCAAAUACGCAAAUAAUUACCUAUGCCGAAAAUCAUACAUUGCCUAACAACGUCUCUCAGUGGACAAUUGAUGCAGGCAUCAGAUCGUUAAUGUAUACAACACAACAAACGACAAAUUCACAAAAUCAUACAUCUCCUUACAAAGUCUCUGAGGGGACAGGCGAUGCAGACAUCGUAUCGUUAAUGACUUCCAAUGCCGAAAAUCAUACAUUGUCUUACAAUGUGUCUGGGUGGACAGACUAUGCAGACCUUGGAUCGUUGAUGCCUGAAACAACAACUACAAAACCAAUUACAAAUUCACCAAAAAAAAAAAUCGCGUAA